CAAGCUCCGAGUCUAUCGAUCUCCUCCCCCGCAGCUCAUCAACAGGAAAAAAACCGCCGGCCUCCGACUCGCCCGCUCAGAUCGGAGCUGGCACCAACUCGGAGCUCCGGCAAUUCCCGCCGCGCGCCGGCGACGAUUUCAAGGGAGACGGAGAAGGAAACAACCGGCUUUCCCUCCGUCCGUUGAAAAGCUUAGGCUUUUCCCGAUACUCGCCGGAGAUGAAACGUAGAACUGUAUAAAAUGAGGGAGAAUUUGAGAUGAACAGAAAUGGAAAGGUAAAGUGAAAAUGAAUGGAGAGUUUCUCUGUCUAAAAAGCUUUGCUUAAGCUGAUGAUGAUGAUGCUUUCUCUCUCUAAUAACUUGUCUGUAAAAUUCUUUUCUUUUCUUUCUUUUUUUUUGAUCAGCAAACUUUACCAUCUUCCCCAAAACCCUAAACGGAAAACCCCAUAUUUUCCGAGUAUCCCAGCUCCGCUCUGCAAUCCGGCAAACAACAAUCGAACGCAGAAUUCGUUCAGGACUUUUUUUCUUUGUCACAGAGAACAAAACGGGGAUAGAAGAUGGUCUGGUUUCAGUGCGAGGACUGCGGCGACAAUCUGAAGAAGCCGAAGCUUCCUGGCCAUUACAGAGUUUGCUCUGCUUUCAAGCUAUCAUGCAUUGAUUGUGGGCAAGUCUUUAACCAGCAAACUGUGGAAAGUCACACCCAGUGCAUUUCUGAAGCGGAAAAGUAUGGUCCAAAGGGCCAAGUGAAAACACCAAAUGGAAAAAAUUCUAACCCCAACAGCGACACGAAAAAAAGGCCCGAAGUGGAUACAAAUGUUGGGUUGUCUGAUCGCCCUCCGUGGUUUUGCAGUCUAUGCAAUACUAAGGCUUCUAGUAAGCAAACCCUUCUUCUCCAUGCUGAUGGUAAGAAGCAUAGAGCAAAGGCACGGGCUUUUCAUGCUGCCAACCAACAACAGACUGGGAAGACAGAAUCAACCAACCCAGAUGCAACUGUCUCAACUGAUAACAAUCCAAAAGAAGAGGCUCCCGAGAGAAAAUCAAAUAAAGAGCAAAAGGAUCUCAAUCCAUCUGAAGCAGAAAAUGAAAAUUUACUCUCAAAAAAGAAACGGAGGCAUGAAGCAUCUGAAAAUGGCACGGUCAAACAAAAGGCAGGAGGUGAAAGUAUGGGAGAAACAAACAUCCAUGUCAAGAGAGCCAAAAACACUUUGGUGGAAGUAGAAGAAGAUAAAGCAAAGAAGAUUAAGUGGAAGAAACUGAUCACCUCAGCUUUGAAAUCUAAACCAGAUGGUGCUAUGAAGUUUGGGAAACUUAAGAAGGCAGUCCUGAAGUCUUUAAGGGAAUCAGGCUACACCCGUGAUGAAAAUGAAGUUCAAGAAGUUCUUGAGAAGAAAAUUAGUAAAAGCUCUAGAUUUGCUGCUGGUGAAGGGAAGAUUAUUCGUCUUGUAGCUAGCUAAGAGCUGAAACACUAUGAUUCAUUUCAUUGAUCUCCAAUUUUGUGGAACUCCCUCGAUCGUUUCCUCAUUUAUUUUGUUACCGGAAAUCAGAGUGCGCUUGUUAUUGUUGAGGGGACUUGUCCAUAUUUAUGCCAUGGAAAAAUGAAGAAUGAUGAAUCACUUUUUUCUCUUUCUUUCUACUUUUUUUGGGUAUAUUAUUGUCACUAUUUGGUAAACAAUAUAAUUUACCAAACAAU